UAGCCGCGCACACGUAUGCAGCAACAGUCACUCACCGCCGCCGCCGCCGCCACCGCCACUCGCAGCCUCGUUACUUCACACUCUCGUUCCCUCUCACUCACACUCACGCAGAGCCAGGCAGCCGCGUAUUCGUACAGAAACAGAGUCAACAGAGCCAGGCCAGCAAUAAGAACCAUUACCAUUUAGCACCAACACUAGCAGCAGCAUCAGCAGCACGGCUAGCACCACAUAUGAGACAGCAGAGCACAGACACACAGACGUCGUCGUUCGCCGUACACACACACACACAUACACACAUAUACACACACACACACUUACUCAUUGGCACAUUCGCACAGACCAACCAACUGUCUCUCACUCUGGGUCUCUCACUCUCUCACUCACACACACACAUUCACUUCAAACAGUACAAGCCAAAUUUCUCAGCUAGGAAUGGAUAUAUGACAUUGACGAAAGAACAUGCGAGAGAAAAUGGCUAACAAGAUAAAAGGAAUUGUAAGCAAGAAGAAAAGGCGUUUCCAAGAAGAUGGCUUCGACUUGGACUUAACCUAUAUAUGUCCAAACAUCAUUGCUAUGGGCUUCCCUGCUGACAAGUUAGAGGGAGUUUACCGCAAUAAUAUUGAUGAUGUUGUCAAAUUUUUUGAUAUGAAACACAAGGACCAUUACAAAAUCUACAAUCUGUGUUCUGAACGCAAGUACGAUGCCAAUAAAUUUCACAAGCGUGUUGCGUCUUUUCCAUUUGAUGACCAUUGUCCACCUGAAGUGGAGCUUAUCCGAUCCUUCUGUCAUGAUCUUGACCAGUGGCUUUCAAAAGAUGAACAAAAUGUUGGCGCAAUACAUUGUAAAGCCGGAAAGGGUAGAACAGGGGUGAUGAUUUGUUCCUACUUACUACACCGACAGAAAUUCUGUAGUGCCAAAGAGGCAUUAGAUUUUUACGGAGACACUCGUACUUGUGAUAAAAAGGGUGUAACGAUCCCGAGUCAGAGACGUUAUGUGGAAUAUUAUGAAUUUUUAUUGAAAAACAGCAUUGUUUAUAAACCUGUAAUACUGCUUUUACAAAAUAUACGUUUUGAAACUGUUCCAAUGUUCACCAAUGGAUCCUGCUCGCCAUACUUUGUAAUCUACCACUCCAAAAUUAGAUUGUGUGCCUCCCAAGUAUAUGAACAGGUGAAAAAAGGCAUCUGUUUUUUUGAUAUGGAACUUCAUAAGCAGCAGCCAGUCUGCAGUGAUAUAAAAAUAGAAUUUUUUAAUAAGCCUAAACGAAUGAAAAAGGAGAAAAUGUUUCAUUUUUGGUUCAACACUUUCUUUGUACAAGACAUUGAAGAAAGUUGGCGCCAUAAUAGAAACAGUUCGAAUGGCCUAACUGACCAAGACGAUGGCUGUCUCACACUGACCUUCACCAAGAACGACAUAGAUAAGGCCAACAAAGAUAAAGCACACAAACUAUUUAGCCCAAAUUUUAAGGUGAAACUAUACUUUAGUACAUGUGAUCAGAACACGACUUUUGACUCGGUGCCCAUGAAGAGUAGAAGCACAGAGAACUUACCGUCCCACCAGACCAAGCACGAUCCGACGCUGAAUCCAAGCACGUCUAGCAACGUCCCACAGAGUCGCAGCGUCGUCAGCAGCAUGAAUACUCUAAGCAUGAACGAGCGACCGGCAAACGUGUUCAACUCACAUCGGCCGAACAUGAGCACGAGUUCAAGCGUCGGGCUGGGCAGCGAUGGCACAUCCAUCACGGGCAGCACAGAUGCGAUGUCGGCUGACAGCCUUAGCGACAACGACGAGGUGAUCGACGAGAAUCUAUCGGACACUGAAAGCGACGAUGAAUGGGAGGGUUUGGAAACCACCCAGGUGUGAUAAUUAGUGGAGGUGAAACAGGAGCAUUGUACAAAUCCCAUAACGAUAAACAAGGAGUAAAAAAAAAAAAAAAGUUAUAAAUAAUAAUAAUAAUGACAAUGAUAAAAUGAGAAGUUUAUAAAAACAAAAAAAAAAAAACACCACAGAAACCGUUAUUUGGCGGCAGUGAAAUGUGCCAAAGUUAGCACAACCACUCACAGGUAUGCGAAAUAUCUGAGUAGAGAGUGGAUGGUCCAAUUAAACAAAAAAAAAAAACAAAAACAAAAAACAAA